GCGCGAAAUUUAUGCUACUUUACUACAACUAGACUACUAUCUACUCGAAUUUCGCGCCGGUAAUACAAACUACAAGCGAGGCCUUCGUCAGAAGUCUGUGGGUGGUUACCUCUAUGGUGGUUUGCAGUUCUACUGUGCCUUGAUUGUCAACCAUUGUCAAUAUUUCCACACAGCGUAAUUUUCUUUCAAAGAAUAUUGUAUAAAGAUAUCUUUGAUGAAUGAUGUCUCAACGUUUACGUCUUGUUUUGAACACCACGACUUAGUUAAAAGUGAAGAACUGUAACGUAAGUCAACAGUGCAUCUCAAAAAAGGCCAUUCUCAGAAUGCAGUCAGAUUUCAACUCUUCUUUGAGGGGCAAUGGCUUCCGAAGUCCAAUGCCGACACCAAAGUUUCUGCAGGAACAAGUAACAUUUUCUCAGAAGAAGCAUCGAGGCCCAACACCUCGUAAGACAGGGCCACCAAGACCACCAUUGAAGAGUGUCCCUCCUGUUAGUCGCCUCUUUCCUAACAAGACCAGGGAAGAAGAAUCCAGACCGAGAGCAGUUUCCUUCCGGCAAUCUGAGCCCUCUAUUUUACAGAGUCCUCAUUACAAUGAGAAAAGCACAGAGUCCUUUUUCAGGCAGUGCUUUGAAAUUGUGCAGAAACUUGGUGAAGGAUCCUUUGGCGAAGUGUACAAAGUGAGAUGCAAGGAAGAUGGUAAACUUUACGCUGUGAAGAGAUCCAGGGAACGAUUCAAAGGAGAAGCAGAUAAACGGAGAAAGCUUGAAGAAGUUCAUCAGCAUGAGACACUGAGCCGACAUCCUAAUUGUGUGGAGUUCUUCAAAGCAUGGGCAGAGAAAGGACACUUGUACAUACAAACAGAACUUUGCCAGAUGAGUUUGGAGGAGUAUAGCGAGACUCACCAUGACAUUCCUGAGAGUACAGUCUGGAGUUUUCUGUUGGAUUUAAUCAAGGGUGUGAAGCACCUCCAUGACCAUAACUUACUCCAUUUAGACAUCAAACCAGAGAACAUCUUUGUGUCUAUGUAUGGAGCUUGUAAGCUGGGAGACUUUGGUCUGACAGUGCAGCUGGGGAAGAAUGAUUUGACUGAUGCCCAGGAAGGGGAUCCACGCUAUUUAGCGCCUGAGUUACUUCAAGGCAAGUUUGGCAAGCAUGCUGAUGUCUUUAGUAUUGGAAUCACGAUAUUGGAGUUGGCUUGUGACCUUGACUUACCUCAGAAUGGUCAAUUAUGGCAUCAGCUUAGGAAUGGAGACAUCCCUUGGGAUAUCACAAAAGGUCUUUCUCGUAGUUUGAAGGACAUUAUUAUAUCUAUGAUGGAUCCUGACUACCAUCAUAGACCAUCUCUUCAAGACUUACUUGAUCUUCCGGUCAUGAAGUCAGUCAUCAGGAGAAAUCACAUCAUGUUCACCUUCAGGAAGGCUUGGAUAUCUGUCGUAGCCUGUCUGAGUAUGGUCCUUGUGCUACUUGCAACAUUUGCUCAGAUUGUGACACACCCCCUAAGGCUACCAGUGACGCACAUGAUGAACUCGCCCACAGCACACCACAGACCCCAACGACCAUCUGACUGGGAUCUCAGCUAUUCUGAGGAUGAGUGUUUUGAUACGGACGUAUCCCAGGGUUCAUGUGGACAUCCACUUGCUAGUUUGUCAUUCUCAAGUGAUGAAGAAAAGAGCAAAGUCUUCUCAGAACCUGCCAGUGAGCAUGUGAUAUCCAUCACUGGUACCCCGCUACUCAACAGAAGUUGUCGUCGGACACCUCUUCAACCAAGAAGCUCCUCCCCUAUUUGUCAUGGGAAGCUCAACAAUAGCUUUGAAAAAUGGACACCCAACGGCAGUCCCAAUGUCAGUGCAGUUCAUGAUAAUGUAGGAUCUCCUGUCUGUCAAAUCUUUGAUGAACCAAAGACACUCAACAAAUCAAAUCUUGAGCCCAAAAAUCUCAUGCAGAUCUUUGAGGAUACAUGUGCAGAUGAUAACUGACACCAAGACAAGGUGAUUUAUACAUACAUGUCUGCAAAUCUGCUUAUUUUGGGUAUCAUUUUGGAGUAAUUGGACCUUUGGAGAGUGUUGUACAGCAUUGUUAAGAUGGAAUUUAAGAGCUACAAUUAAUCCUUCACAUUUUUAAACAUGAAUGACACUUAAUGAUAGACUUCACAAAUUUCAAAAAGGACACCAGACUUGAUACAAGGUAAUACAGUAAUGCUAAGCAGGAACCACUCUCAGAACCUUGUCAUAGUCAAAAUGUAGGAACAAAAUAAAAAUAAACUGUUUUGCUUGUGAAAACAGUAACGACUGGUCUUAUUAGCUGUGAUAACCAAUCAUUCCCAACAAUUCAAUAUCCCUUCUGGCUUCUCUGGGAUAUCCUUAGAUUAUGAUUUGUAUAUUUUAGACAUUUAACUCAUUUUUUAAACCAAGAAAUGAGCAGGUCCUAACCAAAAGGAGCUAGAAUUCCAUUCAUUCUGCUAUUUCUCAGUUGCAGAUCAUUAGAUAAACAAACUUAGUUUAUGACAUCACGGAGUUUAUGACCUUAUGUACACUUGUUGUAUACCAAAUUUCCAUGAAUUAAUUUGUUAAAAUCACUCUAUGCAAAGCAGCAUGAAUAUGGAAGAGGUUCACUAUUAGUGAUAGGAACUCAUCAAUUAAUGUGGCAUAAUAUCUAAUGGAGAACUUGCGAGAAAAGUAUUUCAUGGAGAAAUGGGCAUGAUGCUUAAGAUUUGUUUGGCACUUUAACAGGUGCAACAGCUACGUUUGGUGUGAAAUUGGGGACAUUCAAAAUGUAGUCCAAGUACUAACUGUAAAAAAAAAGGAAUUUUGUAAAUAUCCAAAGAUGUAUCUUAAAAAUAAUGCAAUUAUUGAGAGUAAAGAGUGAACAAGGGAAGAAGAAUUGGGAAGUAGUUACACAAACCUUAAAAUCGUUAAUGAGUGCCUAUUAAACACGGAGUUUGGUAAGAGAAUCAA